AUGGAAGCACACAACGUAGAGCUUUUGACAACACUUACCCCUGAAAUGAAAGACCGUGGAACCAUUGAGUUACUCUACAGAGCUUUGCAGCAAGGUGACGCCUCAACGGUGGCCAAACUUGUGGCCAGUGAUGUCGAAUGGUGGUUCCACGGACCGCACCAUUGUCAACACAUGAUGAGGCUACUAACAGGGGAACCACCGAGCCAGGUUUCGUUCAGGUUUGAGCCAAGCAGUGUACAAGUACUAGCGUCUGGUCAUGGCUGUGUGAUCGCAGAAGGGUGGGAAGGUUCACACGUGUACUGGGUUCACGUGUGGAAGUUGAAAGAUGGAGUGGUCACUGAGCUAAGAGAGUAUUUCAACACAUGGUUAACUGUUACGGAUUACAGUCUUGGUCCAAUAGGUUGGGACAUGGGACGUUGUACGGUUUGGGAGAGCGUACCGAGGGACUUGGCUCGUGGUUCGUUGCCUAGCUUGCUUUUAGCUAUUUAA